AUGUCUGCACAAACACUCUUUAGAAUUAAUACUGGUUGUGGUGGGCGUACCAAACUAUCAAAUGUUGGUCGUGUUUUCAAUUCUAUACAGAGCAUCAAUCAUAAUAGCAAUAAUGCAUUAAUGAUUCAAAAUCGUAAUGUCCAGGUCCAAGUAAGGAGAAAAGGGCCAUCUGAUAAUUCAGAAUUAAGAAGAGAAAGGAAUGAGGAUCAAAUUGUAUCAAGAAAUGAAUAUGUACCUGCCAACUUUGAAGACAUAACAUCAAUCGCACCACAUACUAUGAAAGCUUUAAAAGAAGUGUUUAGAUAUCAAUCAAUGACAAAAGUUCAAGAUGCUGUGUUAUCCCAGUUACCAAUCGAAGGUGACAUGUUUGUAAAGGCUAAGACUGGUACUGGAAAGACUCUGGCCUUUCUAAUUCCAGCAAUAGAAACAAUGCUUAGGAAUACUGAUAGUAAAGGCCGAAAUGAUAGAAUAGUCUCAAUUAUGAUUCUUUCACCUACUCGUGAACUUGCACAACAGAUUGCAACUGAAGCACAAAAAAUUGUAUAUUAUCAUCCAUUUGAGGUUCAUUGUUUAGUAGGUGGUGAAAGAAGAACGACACAAGUUUCAAAAUUAAUGAAAAAGAGAGUCGAUAUAGUUGUUGGUACUCCUGCAGAUCAAUUACUUGACAUGGGAUUCCGUGAUGCAAUUGAAGACAUUAUUUCAUGUUUUCCAAAAGAGCGUCAAACUUUUUUCUUUUCAGCAACUGUGUCGAAAGAAAUUCGACAAGUUGCUAGGUUUGCAUUAAAUCCAGACCACAUGUUUAUUGAUACAGUUGAUCCAAACGAUGUUAACACAAAUCUUCAAGUCAAACAAUCAUACCUUGUCUCACCAUACACAUCUCAACUUCACAUCAUUCGUAAAAUAAUCACUGAUCAUAAAUUGUUACAUCAAAAUACAAAAAUAAUAAUGUUUUUACCAACCAAAUCACAAACCAUCCUUUAUGCAAGUUUUAUUCGAAGUCUUCGAGAUUUAGAAGUGUUUGAACUUCAUUCCGGGAAGACACAAGAUUAUAGAACCAGAAUCUCGGAGAGGUUUCGUAGAUGUUCUCGUGAUGCAAUCCUUGUUACAUCAGAUGUUUCUGCUCGAGGAGUUGACUAUCCAGGUGUAACAUUGGUGCUUCAGAUAGGUGCACCAUCUUCACGCGAACAAUAUAUUCAUCGGCUUGGCAGAACAGGUCGUGCUGGUAAAGAAGGUGAAGGUAUUAUAUUGUUGGCACCAUUUGAGGAUAAAUUCAUAUCUCAGAUUAAGGACUUGCCAAUAGAAAAAUUAAAUAUGUCUGGAAUUGAGCCUGACGCAGCUGUUGAAAAAACCAUCAAUAUGAUUGAUCCCGAUGAUGUGCAUUCUGCAUGUGGAUCUUUCCUUGGAUAUUAUGCAGGAAAAUCCAGUACACAUUUAUUUGGUAAAAAUAGUUUAUUACCAGCAGUUGAAGAACUUGCUAGAUCUUUUGGAACCGAGUCAAGAAUAAGCGACAGUUUAUUAGAAAAAAUUGGACUUGGCAGUAGUAAUAGACAAAGCGGUGGCAGAGAUCUAACUCUAGAUAGUAAAAUUUGA